AUGAGGCCCCACGUCGUCAGCUACAAUGCUGGAAUCAGUGCGUGCGAGAAGGGCGGGCAAUGGCAGCGGGCUUUGACGCUUCUCAGCGAGCUGCGGGAUGUGAAGCUGGAGCCCACCCCAGUCAGCUACAACGCAGGGAUCAGCGCGUGCGAGAAAGGCGGACAGUGGCAGUGGUCUUUGGCGCUGCUCAGCGAGGCGUGGGAGGGGCACUUGGAGCCCGACGCCAUCAGCUACAAUUCUGGGAUCACCGCGUGCGAGCACAGCCAGCAGUGGCACUGGUUCUCGGCGAUGCUCAGCGAAAUAUGA